AUGGAAAAGAUGAGAAUCUCAUCCGUCCUCAACAGCACAGGAGACUCGGGUGGACCCGACCAAAACGACGACGCCUCAGCCACGACCACGUCCGUCGACCCGGGUCGACGGCGGCGAAACACCACCGGAAGUCUCAAAUACACAAGGGAGCAGGGGUACUUUAUCUGGUACCACAGGGUGGAUCUGCAAAUGGGGUGGCACGAAGUCGUCGACGCAUUCAACAACUAUUUCGGCCAACAGCGGGACAAGAACGGCCUCCAAACAAAGUUCUACCGGGUUCUGAGCCUCGAAGACGUGGACAGAGUCCGAAUCCAAGCAAGAGAGCAGGACAUCAAAACCUUGUCGAACCACACACGGCUCAGAUUCGCGUGGAUGCGGUGA